AUGAUCACCGCGAGAAUAGUCGAAAAGUGGUGGUUUCGCGCUUUUUUGGCCGUUAUCCUCUUUUUCGUCUGGCAACUCUUUUAUGCCAUCAAUAAAGUGCAGGGCCUGGACGAGGAACGUGCCACGUUGCAAGCCACAGUUCGUUUUUGUGAAAUUUAUGCGAAGAAACCGAAAACGUUCAGAUCGAGGUGUUGACACGAAAAAGCGAUGGGCUGCAGCUGAAAAUAUUGGAAAAAGAGCGAGAAUUGACGAGAUUGAGCGGACGAGUCGAAGAAAUCGAUACACAGUGAGUUUUACAUGCCAAAAGUCAUCUAUUCCGGUAAAAAAGUUGACAAUUUCGUGAGUCAAUAGUCAAAGAAACGCCGCGCGAAGCGAAAAACAGCAGAGAGAAGCAAGCCGAAUUCACAACACUAAAUUCGGUUAAAAAUGCUGUAUUAGAGGUUUUCUGUGAGUAAAACAAACGAAAAAAAAGAGGAAAUUUAUGAAAUUUGGCUUUGAGAAGACAAUGCGCGAGGAUUUUUCUCUGCAUUCCUCCGAAAAAAGUCCUCGCAUCGGAGCAACAAAACAGAAAAACAGCGAAGAGAACCAAGUCGAAUGUUUGGCGUUGCGCGCGUAGAUCGAAAAACUAAGGGUCUCGCAGCGAUCGGACAAAUAUACGGUAGAACAUUCAAAUGCGCGCUCGCGUAUCUGAAUGUUCGUGAUUUUUUUUUGAAUCCGGCUGAUUAUUCUAAAAAUGAUUAAAAAUACCAGAAUCCGCGACCACAUCUCCCUCCUCCCACGCCUUCCACGCUCGUCUCCGUUCAUCUACUUCAUCACGCCGACCAGUUUCCGGGCGGCCCAAAAGGCGGACCUGACCCGUCUGGCGCAGACUCUCUCGCACGUGCCCAACCUCCACUGGAUCCUCGUCGAAGAUGCCGAAAUCCAAUCGACGGCUCUCCGGCACCUCCUACUCCGCUCCAAAAUACCGUUUUCGCAUUUGAACGCGGCGACGCCCACCGAUCAGAAAAUGAAGUACGCGGAUCCGAGCUGGACGUUGCCACGUGGCGUUGCGCAGAGAAACGCGGCGCUCGCGUGGAUACGCACCCAGUUGGCGACGGUGCCACGUGGCGUCGUCUAUUUCGGCGACGACGACAACACGUACGACGUGCGGCUGUUCGACGAGAUGCGCAAAGUGCAGCGGGCCGCCGUUUGGCCCGUCGGAAUUGUGGGCGGCGUGUUCGUCGAGACUCCGAUUCUCGGCAAAAAUGGUAAGCUUGAGAGACAACCGGGAACUUCCCAGUUUUCAAUUAUUUGGUGUAGCACUCGUUUCUUAUAGUCAAAAACAUUUCGCAGCCAUCCCCGCAGUUGCAAAACACCGCAAAUCCAUCUUUUCAGGCUCCAUAAUCGACUUUAACGCGACGUGGAAGCGCGAUCGUCCGUUCCCGAUCGACAUGGCCGCGUUCGCCGUCAACAUCACCCUCAUCCUCGAGAAUCCCGAUGCGAAUUUCUCGUUCGAAGUGCCACGUGGCUACCAGGAAUCGACGUUUCUCGAAAAAGUCGGAAUGCACCGGUACGACAUGGAACCGCUCGCGGAGAAGUGUUCGAAAGUGUACGUGUGGCACACGAGGACCGAAAAAUCAAAGCUGACGAAGGAUUUGGUGGCGAAAUUGACGGCGAAGGAUGGAUUUACAAGUUUGGAAGCGGACGCACUCGGCGUCGAUUUAUAA